GGGAAAGGACCCUCAGUCUGUUAUUAAGAAAGCUAAUGAGACAGCAGUUCUAAAGGAGGAAAAGCAGACCAAAAAAAGAUGGAUUGGAUGAAAUUACGUUCAUAUUCCGGGAACAGGCAUAUGCAAAAGAAAACAUAUUGUGCUUCUCCGUUGCCUUCUAAAACAGCAUCUGUUGCAAUGGUCAGAAUGAAGAGCAAAGCCAAAGCAUCUCAGGAGCACCCAGAUCUGCUUUCUAAGUUUAGCUGUGAUCCUCAAGUGAAAAGUACUAUUGGUAAAAAAAAAGAGAAAAUAAAAAGCACUGUUACAGAAGCAUUACCAAAAAUUCAAGAAUAUUCUGAAGUGACCCAGAUGGUUUGUUUUUCAUCUGAAGAAAGGAUUGAAUUAAAUUGCAAUGAAUAUAGAAGUACCAACAGUAUCAAUGACAUGGAAACAACUCCUUUAAAGGAUUCCUUGCAUUUAGCCUCUGCAAGUGCACAAAGCCUGAGAUACAGUGAAGCUACUUCAGAAAUGACAUUGCCAACGGGAGUUUCAGACUUUUUGCUGGAUUGUUUGGAUAUGGAGACUACUCUGGACUGUAGUUAUACCAAGACUAUUGAUUCUACAAGUAGUUAUUCAUCACCUGAAAUAUUCAGGGAUGAAACUGAGUUAGAAGACACUGCUAGUCCUGAAACACAUCUUGCAUGCAAAAAUUCAACUCUCUUGGAUACCAGCAAAGCCAUCAACCUAGACAAGAUGUCGCAACUGCCAAACUUUUCUAAAAUACUCGGUACCCCUUUAGGAAUCCAAGGACAAAACAUUGCCAGCAGAAAACAAUCCAGGGAAAAACUGCCUUCUGAACCCACAAAUACUUCAGCUGUGAUAGCAGGGAAACAAGUAUGUAAAAUUUUGUCUGCAAAUGAAAAAAGACUUAAAUCACAGCCUUCUGGGGUUUCAUUAUUGCUUCCAGAACGAAAAAAGAAGACUGAGGAUCAAAUACCCGUCAAAAGGAAAUGUAGAAAAAAAAUAACAUUUGAAAAUGAAUGUUCUAUAUCCUCUCCUCAUGGAUCACCUUCCCCUGGAAAAAACAGCUCCAAGGAAAUGUGUGGGAUUCUAGCAUCCAGACCUCCAAAUGCUGACAUGUUAGACUUAUUGUCCGCGCAUGAAGCCUCAGUCCAGGACAACUGUUUGGCAUACAAAGAGUGUCCAAAUGUGAAUUCAGAAGCAAUUGUUCCUCUUUUCCCCCGAAAGACCAUUUAUCAGAAUUUACAUAGCCCACCAGAAAUCUGCUGUAUUAUUCAAGCUUCACCAGGAUUUAGACCGCUGAAAGUAGUCCAGCAUUCAACAAAGAAAAAAAAAGGGUUUCUCCCACCAGAAGCAACUGAAGAUAUUCUUACAAGUUCAUAAAACAACCAAAAAACUCACCAAAGCAGGAAGAAACGAAGCAGAGUACCUGAUGGAUCCUCUGCAGUAUCUACUAUAAGCAGCACGUAUAAUUAGUAAAAUUCAUUGGCAUUAAAUUCUAUUGCAAUAAAUUAUAUUAAUACUAUCUUCAUAACUUAUAUAUUCCUAUAAUUAUAUCUAAUUUCCAGUAUUUAUCUACAACACUUGUUACAUGCUUCUGAAUUGCAUAUUUAUUGAAGAAUAUGUAAAAUGGUUACCUAGGAAGGAGAUUGUUGGAUUUGCAUAUGGCCACUUAUUAUUUCUCUGUUGAAAAUUACUUUGGUUUACUUCUUACUGUUUUCUUAAGGAAAAUAUAAAACAUUUACUUGGUUGAAUCAUU